UAUCCUGUAUUAAUAUUUCUGUACAAAAUGAUGACAGCCCUGAGCCGCGAGACAGCAUUCAUAUACGCCAUUACCAGCGCCGGUGUUGUGCACUCAAUCACCCGGUGGUGCAGCGCCGGCCUACUGGCCAACUGCGCGUGCGAUCCGACCCGAGUGGGCGGCCAUCGGGCGCGCGACCCCUCCGGACAGUUUACGUGGGGCGGGUGUUCUCAAUACGUCCGGUACGGCACAGUAUUCGCCCGUCGGUUCGUCGACCGACAGGACCGGCGGGUUAGGGACGCCAACGCACUGAUGAAUUUGCAUAAUAAUCGUGUGGGACGACAGAUGGUGGUCAAAACGGUGCGACUAGUGUGCAAGUGUCACGGCGUGAGCGCCUCAUGUCUGGCGCGCACGUGUUGGCGCACUGUCGGCGAUUUUAAGGCCGUGAGCCGCGCCCUAAUGGCCAGGUAUACGAGCGCACGGCGUGUGAAUGUACUGCAGACAAAGCAUAGAAUUCAUGGCCUGAGAAGAACUCGUGGCGCCAGGCGUUGGAGGGCUGCGACUGCACAGCAAACAGACAAUCAGUUAAUAUAUUUUGAUCCGUCGCCCGAUUAUUGCAAUGUUGGCCAUCAAUAUGCGUUUAGCGGCACAGAGGGCCGGGUAUGCAACCGCACGGCAACUGCCGGCGCGUCCGACUCGUGCGAUAUCAUGUGCUGCGGCAGCGGAUACCGUACCCGACGGCUAACC